AUGAGCUCUAGCAGAGACAAUGCCGCGCGUCUCCGGCCAGCCGCUGGAGACCAACGGCCGCCCUUAAUGCAGUGUCCGUCGUGUUUGGCGGUGUUUCAGCAUAGAAUAGAGCUUGAGAAGCAUUUAGAUCGCAGGUCCGCUCGCUCUCAUGACGGGGUCGAGCAUUUACGACGCUUGGCUGGAGACCGAAGCGAUUUCGAGCGAUUACUGCUUGAAGUUACGCAGGCCGCCGAAAAGUAA